CCCACGCCUGUGGCUGACAUCGGCACCGGUGUGUGAGAGAGAGAGAGAGAGAGGCGAAGCGAUGUGUGGAAGAGCUCGUUGUACUCUGAGGCCGGAGGAAGUCCGUAGGGCCUGCGGCAUUGACGAUUCAUCAAUCCCCACCGUUGAAACGGAACGGUACCGUCCAUCUUUCAAUGUUUCUCCUGGAGCCUACGUGCCCGUUGUUCGAAAAGAGAAUGGGUCUGUCAAAGGGGCUGUUCUUCAUUGCAUGAAAUGGGGACUAAUUCCCAGUUUCACCAAGAAAAUUGAGAAACCUGAUCACUUUAGGAUGUUCAAUGCUCGGUCAGAAUCGAUAUGUGAGAAACCAUCUUUUCGCCGUCUUGUUCCUAAUAACCGUUGCCUUGUGGCAGUGGAUGGAUUCUAUGAGUGGAAAAAGGAUGGAUCAAAAAGGCAACCAUACUACAUACAUUUUAAGGAUUGCCGACCUCUUAUAUUUGCUGCUCUUUACGAUUCUUGGGUAAACUCUGAAGGAGAGAUUUUUCACACGUUCACAAUUUUGACAACCUAUUGUUCAUUGGCUUUGCAAUGGCUUCAUGAUAGAAUGCCUGUAAUCUUGGGAAGUAUGGGCUCUGCUGAUGCGUGGCUGAAUGGUUCUCCUUCAUCCAAAUUUGAUGGUGUCCUUAAGCCAUAUGAGGACUCUGACCUGAUAUGGCAUCCUGUGACACCUGAAAUGGGUAAACCAUCUUUUGACGGACCAGACUGCAUAAAGGAGAUACAACUUAAGCCCGAGGAGAAGAACCUAAUCUCAAAGUUCUUCACGAAGACCAAAACCGAAACUAAAUGUGAGUUGGGCCCAGAAGUUAAAAGUUCAUCUGAAGAGUUUGCUUGCAAGGAUUUAUUUGAGAGCUUGAAGGAGGAAACCGAUAACAAGGAGAUGAAGGAACUUGCCACUAAUUUUGAACAUGAGAAGAUUGAUGUUAAACCCAAGGUUUCUACCCCAGGUAACAGUGGAGCUGAAAAAUGCGGCAUGAAACGGGACUAUGAAGAAUUUGUAACUGAUUCACGGCUGCCUACCGCCAUCACUGAAAAACUGUCGCCACCAUGUUCUGCGAAGAAAAAAGGAAAUCUUAAAAAUGCAGGGGAUAAACAACCAACAUUGCUUUCUUAUUUUGGAAGAAGCUAGAGCUGUGUCCAUCCAUCGGCACGGACAUUUUCCUGUAUAUAAAUAUAGUAGUGAGAUCAGAAAUCCCCCCCUCCCCCCUUUUGGGGUGAUUCUAGCAUCUAUUGAACCCAAAGCAGAUGCUUUAUAGGAAAUGCUAAGCCGUUCUGUGUUGCUGCUCAUGUAGCCUUUUGUAGCGAAUUGACACAAACUGAUGAUUUGUUUUUGGCUGGAACCGCCCAAACAUGCUCAUGUCCGAACUCGUCCAAUGCAGUUAUGGAAAUGGAAUGUUUGUUUUUUGGGAAGGGAGAUGGAUUCUUGUAUGAUGCAAAUACUACGAAGGUUUUACCACUUCGCUCGAAUUAUUUCGCUGUGGUGCCUUGUAGCACACUUAAGGACCCAUCUAUGAAAGUUCAAGGUCCAUUGAUCA